AUGACAACUAGCGAUGAAUUUUGCCGCGAUCAUUACGAGCAUCCGUUGUUGUGGUGUGACGAUAAAAAGCGUUUGGUGGAGCGCAAGAAUGCCGAGGAGAGUAUGCGUAUGUGGCGUCGUCGCAAAGCGGAGGAGGUGGCGCGCAAGGAGAAGGAUAAGGCUGAGUACUACGAGCUCUUCGUUAAGCAUUAUCCAUGGGGUCGUCCUGGUGGUGGUGCGCCUAAUUUGGAUAUCAGACGCAAGGAUAUAACGGCAGUUGGACUGCAUUCCACGCCUACAAUUAGCACAAUGCAUCGCCUGAACUCUUGGCAACCCUGCCGCUACAAUGACUAUUUUUCGCAGCGCAAGAAAUGCCACGAUCCCGCUACUUGCUAUCAUCACCAUCUACACCAUCAUAUACCACCUCUACCACCGCCACCACCAGCACCACAUGUGACUACGCACACACACACCGUACAGACCACCACGGAUCCUUGUCAUCCCAGCGCUGGCGGCGUACUGACCGUUUGCGAGCGUCGUGUUGGCGAUGUUGGCGUUGACGCGAAGAUUGGCGGCGGUGGUGCCAUCACCAACAGCAAUGCCACCGGCGGCGGCGGCAGCAGCGGUGGAGGCGGUGGCGGCAUUGGUGUUGGUCUUGGCGCCACAAAGAAUGGACAUCUCGAUAUUGAGGUACGCUAUAAAGCCGGCGCUGCUGGCGGUAAAUGCAAGUCGCUGCUGGAGAAGAUUGUGGUUUCGGAUAGCGAUAAGUGUCCGAUGGUGCAGGGUGUGCCGGCGCCGCCAUGCGUGAAGGGUUCACCGCGUAAGAAGAAACUCGUCGCCAAAUUGGAAAAGCCGUUGAGUAAAGAUCCUUGGGGCAAGUCAGGACCAGGCGGCAAGCCGUGGCGUAGUCCAAAGGCAGUUGGGAGCUCAUUUAUGAAGUCACUGGGAUGGACCAACAAGGAAAUGUUGAAAGAUCUCGAUCAGGACAACCCCGUCACACCGGCGGAGAAGCCGACCUUCCGCAAAGUGCGAACCAACAAAAAAGUGCAGCGCUGUUGCGAACUCUGCAUCUGCACCUGCCCCGGCAUGGUGACUAAUAAAGGCUGUAGCGGCGCUGCAGCUAUGGUCGCGCCAAAGAAACCACAUCAUCAAAGCUCACCCAUUAAAGGCCAAAGCUGUAGCAAUGUAACGACAACAACACCAACAAUAAAUCUCCCAGCAACAACAACCACCACAACUGCCCAAGCUUUAAAGCAAAAAUACUGCCCACGCUUUGCUCGCCACUGCGGCUCGCCAGCGGCCAACAAUAACACAGAGACUAGCGGCAAUGUCGGCGGUGAAGGCGGUGAAGGCGUAGAGUUGGUGCCACUUUUGGCUCGUCGACGGGCGAACGCUCGCCCCGUCAGCUUGUCCAGCACCGAUGUGACCAAACGCACCGCCUCCAAAGAUAGACUUGCCACAGCACAAGACAUUCGCUAUCUGCACGAUUUGAACACACAAAUGUCCGAGAAGCGACAGACGACGUGUGCGGAGCAGCAAAUCGACCGCGAACUCAGCAGCAAACACUUUGAAACGUUCGACACCUUCUGGGGUCGGCCGGGACAUGGAGCGCCGGUGGAGGUGAUAGCCAAGCAGAAAUUGGACAAUUUGCUUUAUGGCGCCAGCAGUGAGUGUUGGAAUUGAGAUGUGGAGUGCAAUGACCGAUUUGGUGGCGCACGAAAAUGAGAAAAAGAAAUGAAGUAUGGUGGAAGCAGACAAAAUCCUGCAAAAACACUUUGAAUUGACUUUUUGUUCGAGGCAUUUUGAUACUUAAGCGGAAUAAUUGCAUAACUUCUUGCUCUUAAUACUUAUUUUAUAAAUAUAUAUAUA